UGGUGCCCGGCCGCUCCCAUAAUCCGCUUCCUUGGGGUGGGUGAAGCCAGGACACCUGCUGCGGACAGAGGUUGAGUUCACUUGCUCAGUGUCUCCCAGCCGGGACGUGGCGGGGCAGGACUGCCUGCUGUAUCCUGUGGCCUCUUGGUGACGUCAGCUCCUCGGUCCUGUCCUGGGAGAGGACCUCAGGAGGCAGAGCCGAGGGUCUCAUGCAGCAGCCCGUGUCGUGUGUCAGUGAGAGAAACCACAAGGAAACCGCAGGGGCCACAGUGCCCCAAAGUUCUCCCAGCUGCCUUGUCGGCGUUCCCGAGACUUCUGCGCUUGAACCUCCUUGGAGGGCCCACCCUCCGGGCCCCCAGCGCUGGCACCAAAACUGGCACAGACCUGUCCCGCGUAGAAACAGCUUCCCUGGUCCAGGUGGUCCAGGAUCUCUGAGACCUCAUCACUAUUGUGACUCUGUGGUUCCCGGGGAGGGACCUGAGGCCCAGAGGGGAUCCCAGAGCUGCCCAAGGUCACCCCACAGUUCUGGAGGCCAGAAGUUCAAGGUCAGGGUGUCAGCAGGCCUGGUUCCUUCGGAGGGCUGUGAGGGUUUCACAGAGGUGGACUGUGAGCCUCAGAGGCAUUCGAGAUGCCUGUGGUUUGAGCUGGCCAGAGGCCUGGCUGGGAGCCAGGAGGCCCAGGUGUCCUGGAUGUCCUCCGGUCAAGCCCUGGGCCCGGGCCAGCCCUCUCUUCCAGGAAACACUUGGCCAGGACCCGGGAAGAACCCGCCGGCAUCCCUUCCGGGUACGUGGGCCAUCCACCUGCGGGCCCAGGCCAGGCCUCCUGUGAGGCCAGCCCCCUGUGCCGCCCAGACUCCCUUCCUGUCUUUGAUGGGGAAAUGUAGAGCUUUUCUGCACCCAGCCCACCACCACACAGACUUCGCCGGGGACAAGAGAGGACUGUGCGGCACAGAGGUGUCUCGGGACCUCAGCGUCCCCAUCGGAUGCUGGUAGAAGACCGUGACCACCUCUGAGGGGUAUCGUGAGCACUAAAGACGUGGGCACAGGAGAGGCAUGUGGCACAGCGUUGGACACGUGGUGAGUGCCGUGUACUCCGGCCCUUCUUUCUUUUGCAAGGUGUUUCCUCGGUCACUGUCAGGGCAGAUGGUGCCCAUGGGGGCAGAGGCCCAGGAAGAGGUGUCUCACCCGAGGACACUGUGGGAGCCGUGGCCGCACUGAGCCUGGAGCCCCGGAGCCGGGCACCGUCCAUUGAGAUCACGCGGGAGCUGGUUGGACACGAAGACUCUCAGGCCCUGCCCCAGACCCACAGACUCGGAAUCCGCACUGUAACAGAGCCUGGCUGAUCCGUGUGCCCGUUACAGACGCGGGGUGAGCGUGUCUGGGCAACUGCACGGAGGUGGAUGAGGAGCUGCGGGUGAUGCCAGCCCCCCGGGGCAGCACCUGCGCCUGGCUCUGGAACUCUCGGGGCGUUGGCUCCUGCAGUCAGCCAGGCCUGCGCACGGUCACAGCCGCGCUGGGGAGUGAGUGCUGAGCUGGAAGCAGGCCCCAAGUCCCCUGUGAGCCUAAAUCUCCCCGGGGGACGUCAGGAAUCUGAGCCAAUACGCGAGGAGAAAACUGGAAUUGGCCAGGCCGACCUGGGAGC